AUGGGCACAGUGUGGGAGAGCCAACAGACAGACGCUACAGUCACUGAGCCAGUCAGCUCCCAGGACACAGAACACACGGAGUUGUGGAACCUGCAAGCAGCUAUUGGAGCCUACUAUGAUUUUGAGAGUCCAAACAUCAGCGUGCCCUCUAUGUCCUUUGUUGAGGAUGUUACCAUAGGAGAAGGGGAAUCGAUACCUCCUGACACCCAAUUUACAAAAACGUGGCGGAUACAAAACUCCGGAGCAGAGGCCUGGCCACCAGGGGUUUGUCUCAAGUAUGUUGGGGGAGACCAAUUUGGACAUGUGAACAUGGUGAUGGUGAGAUCAUUAGAACCCCAAGAGAUUGCAGAUGUCAGCGUCCAGAUGUGCAGUCCCAGCAUAGCAGGAAUGUAUCAGGGACAAUGGCGUAUGUGUACUGCUACAGGACUCUACUAUGGAGAUGUCAUCUGGGUGAUCCUCAGUGUGGAAGUGGGAGGACUUUUAGGAGUAACGCAGCAACUGUCAUCCUUUGAAACCGAGUUCAACACACAACCGCACCGCAAGGUAGAAGGAAACUUUAAUCCAUUCGCCUCUCCGCAGAAGAACAGGCAACCAGAUGAAAACAACUUAAAAGACCCUGGGGGUUCCGGGCUAGGCACUAUCAGCAAAAACACAUGGGCUCCUGCUCCUGACCAAAUUGAACAAGAUCAAAACGGACUGUCACAAAACUCUGUAAAUCUCUCCCCCAGCAGUCACUCAAACAACUUAUCGGUAGUGACUUACAGUAAGGAACUUGGAUCUCCACCGGCCAACAGACCUUCAGACUAGAUCCUCUCCAUUGGGUUUCCACCCCAGCGGGACUCUACAGGUGUUUGGAUCCAGUUCUUACUCCCAUUCUAAUG